AAGCAUAACCAAGUCAAGCUGCUAGCCCACGUUGAAUUCAUGCCUUUGAACUAUUGGUUCUUUUAGAUUAACUUGCUUUGUAUGGUAACAUUUAGAUUGGUGAAUUAGCUCAUCUCUUCCUCUUCUUCACGUAUCUCAUACGGCAUAUUAAUCUUCAUCCACUUUCUCUACCAUUCUCUAGACUUCCAUUCUCUCAAUGAAAAUGCCGGUGAAGGCAUCGGUUUCCGGAGGCUGGAAAAGCUCAUAUAGACUAGAAACCAGAAAUUUAUCCUAUAAGUUAAGCAGCAAAUUUGAUGAGCUCAACUGGGUUUGUUUUGGUAGGACUCAACACAGGGUUCCUAAUAAGUUCAUUCUGAAGGAUGUAAACUGUGAAGCUAGGCCUGGAGAGAUUACUGCAAUUGCUGGUCCUAGUGGAGCAGGGAAAACCACAUUGCUAGAGAUUCUAGCAGGAAAGGUUUGUCCUCGUGAAGGGUCUCAUCAAGUUCUGGUAAAUAACUGGCCUAUGGAUGGCAAGCAUUUUAGAAGACUAUCCGGGUAUGUCAGUCAAGAUGAUGCUCUAUUUCCACUACUGACAGUCCAAGAAACACUCAUGUAUAGUGCACUUCUAAGACUACCAGGAGGACAAAAAGAGGCUGCUAAUAGAGUGAAAAAGCUGAUGAAGGAGCUUGGACUGGAACAUGUUGCUGCUUCAAGGAUUGGCGAGGGAUCAAACUGGGGCAUUUCAGGUGGUGAAAGACGCAGAGUUUCCAUUGGAGUUGAUUUAGUUCAUGACCCAGCUGUUGUUUUAAUCGAUGAACCAACUUCAGGUUUGGAUUCAGCAUCAGCUCUUCAUGUAGUGAUUCUGCUCAAGUCAAUGGCUGUUAAUCAAGGUAAGACCAUCAUUUUAACCAUUCACCAACCUGGAUUUCGAAUCCUCGAGCUGUUUGAUCGGAUUAUUUUGCUUUCAAAUGGAUUCAUCAUGCAUAAUGGUUCAUUGCAUUUCCUCGAAGAGAGGCUUAAAUUUGCUGGUCAUCACAUUCCUCGCCAUGUCAAUGUGCUAGAAUUUGCCAUUGAUGUUAUAGAAAGCUUGGAAGACCAAAAUUCGGUCCCCAUCUCUCUCCAGAGCAAUCAUGAGGAAACCUGUAUAAUGGGAAUUCCGCAAGAAAAGCUUCCCAGCUGCCGCUAUCCCAAUUCAGUACUUGAGGAGGUUCUGAUACUAGGACAAAGAUUCUGCAGCAACAUUUUCAGAACCAAGCAACUAUUUGUUACAAGAACAAUACAAGCAUUAGUGGCUGGAUUAAUACUUGGAACCAUAUUUUUGAAUGCUGGCAAUGAAACCGGACAGGUAGCUUUGCAAACUCGAACUGGGUUUUUCGCCUUCAGUCUCACCUUCUUGCUGUCUUCCACAACAGAAGGAUUACCAAUUUUCCUGCAGGAGAGAAGAAUACUAAUGAGAGAGACUUCAAGAGGAGCUUAUAGGAUUUCUUCUUAUGUUCUAUCAAACACUCUUAUCUUUAUUCCUUUUCUUCUAUUGGUUGUGCUUCUUUACUCUACACCAGUGUAUUGGCUAGUUGGUUUGAGUAGGGAUGUUGAGGGGUUUCUUUACUUCUGUCUAGUGGCAUGGAUGGUGCUUUUGAUGUCAAAUUCUUUUGUAGCAUGUUUCAGUGCACUAGUACCAAACUUCAUCAUGGGAACAUCAGUGAUUGCAGGGCUAAUGGGAUCUUUCUUUCUCUUCUCUGGGUACUUCAUAUCAAAGAAUAACAUUCCCAGUUACUGGAUUUUCAUGCACUAUUUGAGUUUGUUCAAGUACCCAUUUGAAUGUUUCUUGAUAAAUGAGUAUGGAGGAGAGAAAGGUAGCAGAAGGUGCAUAGAAAUUGAUAAAGGAAGCUGCAAUUUGGAUGGAAGUGGGUUCUUAAGGCAGCAAGGUCUGAGAGAGUCUCAAAAAUGGAGCAAUAUAGGUGUCAUGUUGAGUUUUAUCAUUGGGUAUAGGGUGAUAUGUUAUUUAAUUUUAUGGUAUAGAUAUUAUAGAUUAAGCAGAUAAAAUUCUUGAUAUAGGCAUUUGUUGAUGUUCUUUUUAAUUAUUUUUAUUUUACUCACUUAGAAAUAGGAAACAUCAAGGCAAUGUAUGAUCUUCAUACACAAUUUGUCUAUUUGUUUAUGAUAAUAAAUAAAAUCUUGCCAUGUUUUU